GAGACGGUGACGCCUCUUGCGUCAUCACGCGGGCGUUGGAGCUUACGCCAUCGCGCGUCCUAGAGUCCUAGCACGCUAUUGGCUGGCUGUCAAGCAAUGGGAGGAGUCGUGAGAACCUGGAUGACAGCGGGCUGAGCCACCGGCUUGGCGCGGCGGCCAAACUGGUGGGACAGUGUCUCCAGGUAGUGAGGCCCAACCUCUUUAAAACAAACAAACAAAAAACCAAAAUGCAAACGUGAGUAGAGAAUGAAAUACACAGUUUAAAUGCCCUCACUAUCUUUGGGUUACUAAUACACUAAGCCUUUCUGGACUAAGUAAAGGAUGCAGGUUCCUGCGGCUAGGGAUAGAAGCCAGACUGGCGUCUUCAGAAUCUCCCACCAAGGCUGUACCUCUGGAGGAGUUCUGGGUUUGGAUUUGGUCAUCUCAAGAAGAGUCUUCAGAUGGAUUUUAAAAUUGAACACACUUGGGAUGGUUUUCCAGUGAAGCAUGAGCCCGUAUUUAUCAGGCUGAAUCCAGGUGACAGAGGAGUGGUGAUAGACAUUAGUGCUCCAUUUUUCAAUGAUCCUCCAGCCCCACUUGGAGAACCAGGAAAACCUUUCAAUGAACUGUGGGAUUAUGAAGUUGUGGAAGCAUUUUUCUUGAAUGAUAUAACUGAGCAAUAUUUAGAAGUUGAACUUUGUCCCCACGGACAGCAUUUAGUGCUUUUACUUUCUGGAAGAAGAAAUGUAUGGAAACAAGAACUUCCUUUAUCGUUCAGAGUGUCCAGAGGAGAGACAAAAUGGGAAGGCAAAGCUUAUCUCCCUUGGAGUUAUUUUCCACCAAAUGUGACAAAAUUCAAUUCAUUUGCAAUUCAUGGAUCAAAAGAUAAACGAAGUUAUGAAGCUCUUUACCCUGUACCUCAGCAUGAACUGCAGCAAGGACAAAAACCUGAUUUAGAUGCCCUACCCAGAAGGGAGGAAUCUAGAGAGGCAGUCUGGCUACAGCAGCUUUGCAAAGCUACGGUGAGCUCCAUCCAGUUUGAACGUCCCAGUGGCUUUGUUUACUCUGUGAGGAGAAAACUGCCUAUUCAAGCCUCAGUAAUGGCGGACCCCCCCUCCCUCCACCAAGCUUGAGCAUCCCAGGUCAACUUCAGACUGCUGUGCUGGCAGUGAGAAUUUCAAGCCAGUGGAUCUUAGCUUGCUGGGCUCCGUGGGAGUGGGAUCCGCUGAGCUAGACCACUUGGUUCCCUGGCUUCAGCCCCCUUUCCAGAGGAGUGAAUGGUUCUUUCUCGCUGGUGUUCCAGGUGUUGCUGGGGUAAGAAAAUAAAUUCCUGUGGCUAGCUCAGUGUCUGCCUAAACGGCUGCCAGUUUUGUGCUUGAAACCCAGGGCCCUGGUGGUGUAGGCACCCAAGGGAAUCUUUUGGUCUGUGGGUUGUGAAGACCAUGGGAAAGCAUCAUGUCUGGGCUGGGAUGCACUGUUCCUUAUGGCACAGUCCCUCACAGCUUCCCUUGGCUAGGGGAGGGAGCUCCCCAACCCCUUGUCCUUCCAGGUGAGGUGAUGCCCCACCCUGCUUCUGCUCGCCCUCUAUGGGCUGCACCCACUGUCUAACCAGUCCCAAUGAGAUGAGCCGGGUACCUCAGUUGGAAAUGCAGAAAUCACCCACCUUCAGCGUGGAUCUUGCUGGGAGCUGCAGACUGGAGCUGUUCCUAUUUAGCCAUCUUGCCUAAAAUAUUUUUAAAUUGCCUUAUAUUUUUUGUGUUAUUGAGAGUCCUUCAGAUAUAUUUUGCAUGUUAAAGGUGUUUAAUAAUUAUAAGUUGGGUUCAGUAGAGUAAAUGACACUGAGUGGGUAUCAUAACUUGAAAGCAAUUGUGUGCACAUUAUGAUAAUUCCUUUUUCUUUUAUUCCUCCUUAACUAUAGAGAAUUAAGUUUCAAUUUUGAAUAGCACAUAUUUUAUCCAGAUAUGAAAAUAUGCCUCUGUUCUUACCAAGUUUUCAAAAAUCACUUCAUAGCCUAACUCUAACCCAGACUUACAUGGGGAUAGGAAAAUUUGUUGAGUGCUUUGGAAUGACUUUUUUCUGUCAUUCUUUAGGUUACAGUGUCAUAUCAAAUACGGUGUCAUAUCAAAUAUUCUUGUAGAAAUUCAUGAUAGCUUCUAUCUUUUUUAGGGACUAAAAGUUUUUAAGGAUCGUUUCAUCUUCCUUUUUUUUGUUGUUCUUUAACAGACGUUUUAAUUUACUCAUCUGUUUUAUUUGGUUUUUAAAAUAAUCUGAAGCUCUUCAGUUCAGAUUUUCUAGAAACACCCCCCAAACCAGACACAUAUAUGAAUAUUAAUUGUAAUUAUUUAUUGGCUACCAAAAGACUUGAAAACAAUCUUGAAAAUUGCUUAUAAAAAUUACACGCCUAUUUACAAAGGUAAGCUAUGAUGAAGAAAUAUUUACCAAAAAGAGCACUGUUAAAUUUAUUUUAAAACAUGCAUCAAAUAAAUGUUAGAUAUAUUUUAUGCAAGAUAAUGUACUACAAGUGCUUGUAUAGACUAGGUACUGUGUAAAAAAUAAUAUUUUAUAUCUAUUGAGCACUUACUAUUGCCAAGUACUUUAUAUGCAUUUUCUCACUUAAUUUUUUGGAACAACCUUAUAAGGUGAGUAUUUUCAUUAUCCGUAUUUUAUAAAUGAGGAAACUGAGACUCAGAGAAGUUAUGUGACUUGCCAAAAUCCAGAGAGCUGAUAAAUGACAGCUGAGACUCUAGCACAGGAAGGUGUACUAGAGUUCAUUCUCAUGACUAUUACUUAUAACAUCUUCCCUCUUUCCUUGAUUGUCCAAAAAUUAUAAAUAAAAUAUUAUAUAUGAUGUUUA